AACUAUAGAUUCAAACAUCUCACCCUCUUGUCCCUCUCUCUCUUCUUUCUUCUCUCACCUUUUCCUCUCUCAAUUUCCUUUCCCUUUUGAAAUUAUGAUAUAAGAGAACAAAAACUCCCCCUUAAACAGAUAAGGUAUAUAUAAGCCACCCUUCAGAGCAAUUUGUCCAUCUUCUUCAAUUUAUUAGCAGAAGAUGUGGUGCAUUAGAUUACCUUAGUCUUUGUCCUAGUGUCUUCCACAACAACUUGGUCCAACGUUUCCAAAUAUUCACAUAAGAGAAGAACAAUAGUUCUCUCCCUAGAAACUCAUGAUAUGCUAGAUAAGCCAUCCUUAGGAGCAAUAUAUCCGUCCUCUUCAAUUUAUUAGCAGAAGGUGUGUUGCGUAUUAGACCAUAGUCUUUUUGUCAUUGUUGUUUCCCAACAACGCAGUUUAGCCUUUGAGAGCAUCAGCAAUCACAUGGUGAUCAGAAUAUCAUUCAGCAAUUGAAGAUCAGUGGCAUCAGGCAUAGGCUAGCAAGCAAUGAUAUGGCUUUCUUCCCAGCAAAUUUCAUGCUACAAACACCUCACCAAGAUGACCAUCAACCUCCACCUUCACUCAACUCAAUUAUAACUUCAUGUGCACCUCAAGAGUACCAUGGUGGAGGAGCAUCCUUUCUUGGCAAGAGAUCUAUGUCAUUUUCAGGGAUUGAACUUGGAGAAGAAGCUAAUGCUGAGGAAGAUUCUGAUGAUGGAUCUCAGGCAGGAGAGAAGAAAAGGAGGCUUAACAUGGAACAAGUGAAGACACUUGAGAAGAGCUUUGAGUUGGGAAACAAGCUUGAACCUGAGAGGAAAAUGCAGCUUGCAAGGGCUCUUGGAUUGCAACCUAGACAGAUUGCUAUAUGGUUCCAGAACAGAAGGGCUAGGUGGAAGACCAAGCAGUUGGAGAAGGACUAUGAUCUUCUCAAAAGACAAUAUGAAGCUAUCAAAGCAGAUAAUGAUGCACUUCAAUUUCAGAACCAAAAACUUCAGACUGAGAUAUUGGCACUGAAAAGCAGAGAACCAACUGAAUCCAUCAACCUCAACAAAGAAACUGAGGGAUCCAGCAGCAAUAGAAGUGAGAACAGCUCAGAGAUUAAGUUGGAUAUCUCAAGAACACCAGCUAUUGAUAGUCCUCUAUCCACUCAGCAGAACAACAACAACAGAACACUCUUUCCAUCUUCUGCUAGACCAACAGGAGUGGCUCAGCUUUUCCAAACCACUCCAAGGCCAGAGAUUCAGUGCCAAAAGAUUGAUCACAUGGUCAAAGAAGAGAGCCUAAGCAACAUGUUCUGUGCCAUUGAUGAUCAAUCUGGCCUUUGGCCUUGGUUGGAGCAGCAACAUUUCAAUUGAUCAUCAUGCAAAAGGAGAGUGUGAGAGUGAGUGAGAGAGUUUCAUAUUGCAAUGUAAUUUUUCCUUUUCCGAAUGAAAAUGAAAUCAUCUAGAGGUGUCUGUAUCAAUUGAUUACCAUAUUUAAUGAGUUAUAAUUUAAAUUAAAAAAAUCCAUAUUUUGAUAAACUUGAUGUACAAAAUAGGAUAUGUCAAGUAAAUUUUUUUUUUUUAAUAUUUUUAUAUAAAAAGAAUAAAGGGUUAGUCACCUUUUUCUUUUUUAGUUAAUUAAUAUGAGUAGUUUUUCUGUAAACUUUUGAGUAAUGGGUCAUGAGAAAAAAAUUUCCAUUUGACUGUGA